AACAGCCACCCUGUGUAUCUUUAAGUUGGGUUCUCCUGAAUUUGGUGAAACCAUGAAACCUAGAGGCCGUCCAUGCUUGGCCUCUGACCACUGUCCUGGGUGACCUGAUUCAGCCCCAGAAAUGUUCCCCUACCCAAAAACUGUAACACUCAUUCCACAUUUGGGGUCUGGGGUGUCAGAAAAGCUAAGUCCCAUGUCAGCUGACAUUGAGAUUUCCUCAAAGCAUUGCUGGAGAGUCAGGGCAAGACUUUACAAGGUUCUUACUAAUCUUUUCUCUCACCUUAGCAGCAUUCAGCAGGAUGGGGGAGGGAGGGAGAAUACAUGGGCUUUGCCUCUCCCAGAAGGACAAGAUUUUGCUGGUUCGAGCAAAGUGGUGGAAGCUUCUGAAGUCAUGCAGGAAGUUGCUGGGACAGAACGCUGAGGAGUUUUGUAUCACUUUGUCUUCCCUGUUGAGCACCAUCUGAGCUGUCAAACUUUGCUGCCAAGGGGGCUGAAUCAACCUGCAGCACGAAAUGAGUGGGGAGGUAGGAAGCUUCUGUGACACAGAUUUGCAGCGUGUGUUCCCAAGGUUUCCAGGCUUGAGGAUACUUCAUAAUUGGUUGAGAACACAUAGACUUUUUGGCCAAUCAGACUCAGAGUUGAGGUGGGAGAUCUGCUCUUCCAGCCCGCCUCUCCUCCUCCAGCUCCCCAGCUUCACUCAAAUUCAGCUCCCCUCCCCACCGCCCACCCCCGCCACCCGGUGACUAAGAAGAACUGCUGCAGGCAGGCAAAGCUCCGAGCAGUUAUUAAGAGGCUAGAAGGAGACAUAAGAGACUUCAGCUGCUGCAUUCCAAGCCCUGGGUCUACCUUGGAGACAGGACAGCACAGACUUACUCUCCACGAAGGGACUUCUGGGUCAUGGGGCACAAGACACCCCCACAGCUCGCUGGGAAAUGGCAAGUGCUGUGCAUGUUGUCCUUGUGCUGCUGGGGCUGGGUGUCUGGGCAGCUUCGUUACUCAGUGGUGGAGGAGUCUGAGCCGGGGACGCUGGUGGGGAAUGUUGCUCAGGAUCUGGGCUUAAAGAUGACAGAUCUGUUGAGCCGGCGGCUGCAGUUGGGCUCUGAGGAGAAUGGGCGCUAUUUUUCCCUGAGCUUGAUGAGUGGUGCCCUGGCAGUGAAUCAGAAGAUUGACCGAGAAAGCCUAUGUGGAGCCAGCACCAGCUGCCUGCUGCCAGUGCAGGUGGUGACUGAACACCCCCUGGAGCUAAUCCGCGUAGAGGUAGAGAUCCUGGAUCUCAAUGACAACUCUCCUAGCUUUCCUACCCAUGAGCGAGAGAUGCGCAUCUCAGAAUCAGCAGCACCUGGGGCACGAUUCCCACUGGACAGUGCCCAGGAUCCGGAUGUGGGCACCAAUACCGUGAGCUUUUACACUCUAAGCCCCAAUAGCCACUUCUCUCUGAAUGUGAAGACCCUAAAAGAUGGGAAACCAUUCCCAGAGCUGGUGCUAGAGCAGCAGCUGGAUCGUGAAGCCCAGACAAGACAUCAGCUGGUGCUUACUGCUGUGGAUGGGGGGACCCCAGCCCACUCAGGGACCACCCUUAUUUCUGUCAUCGUGCUGGACAUCAAUGAUAACGCUCCAACCUUCCAAUCCUCAGUUCUACGUGUGGGAAUCCCAGAGAAUGCACCCAUUGGUACUCUGUUGCUCCGCCUCAAUGCCACUGAUCCAGACGAGGGCACCAAUGGCCAACUAGACUAUUCUUUUGGAGACCACACAUCUGAGGCAGUGAGGAACCUCUUUGGCCUAGACCCUAGCAGUGGGGCAAUCCAUGUAUUGGGUCCCAUAGACUUUGAGGAGUCAAGUUUCUAUGAAAUUCAUGCAAGAGCCCGUGACCAGGGACAGCCUGCCAUGGAGGGCCACUGUGUGAUUCAAGUGGAUGUGGGGGAUGUCAAUGACAAUGCUCCAGAAGUGCUAUUGGCCUCUUUGGCCAACCCUGUCCUAGAGAGCACACCAGUAGGCACAGUAGUGGGGUUGUUUAAUGUGCGAGACCGAGACUCAGGUAGAAAUGGUGAAGUGAGCCUUGAUAUCUCUCCGGACCUGCCAUUUCAGAUUAAGCCUUCUGAGAACCACUACUCGCUGCUAACCAGCCAGCCUUUGGACCGGGAGGCCACAUCCCACUAUACCAUCGAGCUGCUGGCCAGCGAUGCUGGUUCACCUCCCCUGCACAAACAUCUCACCAUCAGGCUCAACAUUUCAGAUGUUAAUGACAAUGCACCCCACUUCAACCAGCAGCUUUACACUGCUUACAUCCUAGAAAACCGGCCUCCAGGCUCCCUUCUCUGCACUGUGGCUGCCUCAGAUCCAGACACUGGGGAUAAUGCCCGCCUCACCUACUCCAUUGUAGGAAAUCAGAUUCAGGGAGCCCCAGCCUCCUCUUUCGUGUAUGUCAACCCAGAGGAUGGACGGGUGUUUGCCCAGCGUACCUUUGACUAUGAAUUGCUACAGAUGCUGCAGAUUGUGGUGGGGGUUCGAGACUCCGGCUCUCCCCCAUUGCAUGCCAACACAUCUCUGCAUGUGUUUGUCCUGGAUGAGAAUGAUAAUGCCCCAGCUGUGCUGCACCCACGGCCAGGCUGGGAACACUCAGCCCCCCAGCGUCUCCCUCGCUCUGCUCCUCCUGGCUCCUUGGUCACCAAGGUGACAGCCGUGGAUGCUGAUGCAGGCCACAAUGCGUGGCUCUCCUACUCACUGUUGCCACAGUCCACAGCCCCAGGACUCUUCCUCGUGUCUACACACACUGGUGAGGUGCGCACAGCCCGGGCCUUACUGGAGGAUGACUCUGACACCCAGCAGGUGGUGGUCCUGGUGAGGGACAAUGGUGACCCUUCACUCUCCUCCACAGCCACAGUGCUGCUGGUUCUGGAGGAUGAGGACCCUGAGGAAAUGCCCAAAUCCAGUGACUUUCUCAAACACCCUCCUGAGCGUUCAGACCUUACGCUUUACCUCAUUGUGGCUCUAGCGACCGUCAGUCUCUUAUCCCUAGUCACCUUCACCUUUCUGUCAGCUAAGUGCCUUCAGGGGAAUGCAGACAGGGACGGGGGUGGAGGGCAGUGCUGCAGGCGCCAGGACUCACCCUCCCGGGACUUCUAUAAGCAGUCCAGCCCCAACCUGCAAGUGAGCUCGGACGGCACGCUCAAGUACAUGGAGGUGACGCUGCGGCCCACAGACUCGCAGAGCCACUGCUACAGGACGUGCUUUUCACCGGCCUCGGACGGCAGUGACUUCACUUUUCUAAGACCCCUCAGCGUUCAGCAGCCCACAGCUCUGGCGCUGGAGCCUGACGCCAUCCGGUCCCGCUCUAAUACACUGCGGGAGCGGAGCCAGGUGAGGGGCUCGGCGCCGCCCCGGGCGACCCCUGGGGGCGGCACUAGAGAAGCCGCCCGUCCUCAUAAGGGACUAAACUGGCAUCCACUCCUCUCCGGGCGGCUCGGCCGCUGGCUGCGCUCCACCCGAUUCUCGGGAUCAUUGGACCGUUUGCGCGGAACCAGAGGAGUGGCCGAUUAAGGGAUGGGGCUCCGAGCACCGGGGGUGGUGGCAACUGUGAUCAAGGGGAGGUGGGACCGACCCCCACCCCACACUCAGAAAAGGCUGGGGCCCCCGUCGAGCUUCCGGUGAAUUUCGGGCGAUUUCCGCGGGUGUCGGGGGUCCCGGGAGGAGGCAGUCACAGAUCCACCCAUGCAGCCAGCCUCCUAGGCGCCGGCUCCCGCACGCUUCGCCGGUCUUGAGGUUUCCUCUUCGAUUUCUCCCCAACCCCCAGCAUCUGUGACUUCGCUGUUACCCUCCCUAUUCCCGCAUCACCCAACCGCAUCUGUCUGCAGGACUUAGGUGUGCGCGCGGGGCUCAUGCGUAUCCUCCCUGCAGGCCACCCCCACGGCCCACGCACUGUGCACCGGCUCGCCACGCCCCGCCAACACAUGCGCGGACGCACGCACACACCCCUCGCACUUGCGCUUACACGAAUACCAGCUUUCACUGCCACUCGCUCGCGGCCAGGUUCACAGGCCUGUCCCGGCCCACUCGCAGUUCUCCCUCUGAGACCGUUCCCUCCGCCUGGCUCAGGGGUACUCGUAGCAGAUUGUGCGCGCCUUAGUGAGGGUCCCAGAUCGCGGCCGCCCAGGACCAGGCGAGGACUCCGGAGCCUCCUCUCACCUCUCCCACCUGGGCCCCGGGCUGGGCUGGGUCGUCUAGGGGCGGCCUGAGCUAGGCGCGGGGCCAGGAGUGCUGGAGCGACUCCGCGCUCAAAGUGUCAGGCGGGCGGGACUCUACGACCCUUGGGCCAGAGAUCCGGAUGGUCCCGGGGCUCCGUCUCAAGGGUGGCGACCUCUCAACCCAGAAGCCUCCAGCGGGCGGACAGGCAGAGCUGCCCAGUGGCCCGAGGCGCAGGGCUCGGCCUUGG